GCAUCUUAACCAUCACCCUGUCAUAGAGGUGACCUUUCUUUGAGGUUAAGUAUAACGCCAUGAUGGAGUAACAGGAAACAGAUUUACUCUCCUGACUAAACAACUGAAAAAUUGGACAAAAUAGAUGAAACCAUGGCUUUCGGACACUGGACAUCAGCUGCCCUGCCUGCCUGGCCACGUGGUGCCCGCUGGUCCUGCUGCUGUUCCCGGCCGCCCCUGUCCCCACCGCCACUGCCGCUCCCAGCCCAGACGCCAAAACCCAGGACAGCCUGCAGAGCCUCCAGCAAGGUACCCAAGCUGGAGGAAACAGAGCGCUGCUGGCAGCCGCAAGGCACAUCACUCACUUCCGCUGUCCUCCCGCGGUAUGAGGUGGCUGCCACAGCAGUGCAGCCCCCGGAGCCUGGGAGGCAGGCCUGUGGCUCUGUGAGGAGCGUCCCGGGCUACAGGCGGGGCGACCUGGAGCCUCCCCCACCCCAAAUAACACCCCCCCAAGACCCACUUCUUGUCCCUUCCCAGGCUCAGCAACAGGGGCUGGGGGGGGGGCAGGGGACAGACGUGUACCCUCACCAGACCCCACCCCCAGCUCCAUUUAGUAAUAAAUUUCUUUCUUACAGCCAGCUGUGGAGUUUCCUUUUCGGGCCAGUCUCCAAUGUGUAG